AAACGCAACAACUAGUUCGAAAUACUUCGAAUUUUAACUAAAAUAAAUAAUAAAAAUGUCCCUAAUAUUCUGUGUCUGUGUAUCGCUUCAGCUUUAAUUGUUGCUUAGUGUUUUUCUACUCGUAGAAUUAGUAUUUGGUAAAGUGCAAAAAGGACUCGAAACCCGUAAGGAAAAUGGCGGAACAUUCGCGUUCGAUCAAAAUUUGAAUUCGAUUUAUGAAAUAACUUUUUUAAGAAAAUAAGGUCUUUUUACUCGUGAGGACUAAAACCCGGUAUUGUACCCUCGUGUCAGUUCGCCAGUGCAAGGACACGGCAAGAUCGAUAAAUCGUCCGCGAUGUCGACUGGGCUUUAGUAUAUUUGAGUCCGGAGACCGACCGGGUUGGUUUUAAGCUGGUAAAGCUUAUAGACUGCUGUUCAUGUCAGCGAAGAAAGAAAAGGAUUAGACUAGCGUCCGACGACAUGACUACGGAAACGGCGACGCCGAACCAGGCGGACGCCAGCACCGCUUUCCUGCGGGCAGCGCGUGCGGGUCAAAUCGAGAAGAUCAUCAGCCUCUUAGAACAAGGGGUCGACAUUAAUGUUAGCAAUGCUAAUGGUUUGAAUGCUAUCCAUCUUGCAUCAAAAGAUGGUCACGUAGAAGUUGUUCGAGAACUUCUGGAACGUGGAGCAGCAAUCGAUGCUGCUACUAAGAAGGGCAAUACUGCUCUGCAUAUCGCGUCACUUGCUGGUCAGGAGGCAGUCGUUAAACUGCUGGUACAGAAUGGAGCUCAAGUCAACAUUCAAUCCCAGAAUGGCUUCACGCCCUUGUACAUGGCAGCUCAGGAGAACCACGAUGGAGUUGUCAAGUUUCUUCUCUCAAACGGAGCUAAUCAAAGCUUGGCUACCGAGGACGGUUUCACGCCUCUCGCUGUGGCCAUGCAACAAGGUCACGAGAAGGUUGUCGCGGUUCUUUUAGAAGCUGACACUCGAGGCAGGGUCCGCUUGCCCGCCCUGCACAUUGCUGCUAAGAAAGAUGAUGUGAAAGCUGCUAACUUAUUACUGGAGAAUGAACAUAACCCCGAUGUGACAUCAAAGUCCGGCUUCACUCCGCUUCACAUCGCAGCACACUAUGGCAACGAGUCGGUUGCUCGAUUGCUAUUGGCUAAAGGUGCUGACGUCAAUUGCGCCGCCAAACAUAACAUUUGCCCUCUACACGUUGCUGCUAAAUGGGGUAAAGAGAAUAUGGUUGCUCUUCUCUGCGAUAGUGGAGCUAAUGUAGAGGCUCGGACCAGGGACGGUCUCACUCCUUUGCACUGCGCAGCGCGUUCUGGACACGAGCGUGUGGUUGAAGCUUUACUGGAUAGAGGUGCUCCGAUUACUAGUAAAAGCAAGAAUGGCCUCGCACCCCUCCAUAUGGCAGCCCAAGGAGAUCAUUCCGAAGCCGCUCGGGUGUUGCUCUCGCGUAGAGCCCCCGUUGAUGACGUCACCGUGGACUACUUAACCGCCCUUCACGUGGCUGCUCAUUGUGGACACGCUAAAGUGGCUAAAUUGCUCUUGGAUAGAAAUGCUGAUGCUAACGCACGUGCCUUGAAUGGCUUCACACCGCUUCACAUCGCCUGCAAGAAGAAUAGGAUCAAGGUUGUGGAACUACUCCUGAAAUAUGGAGCAAGUAUCCAAGCAACAACAGAGUCUGGGUUGACUCCACUUCACGUUGCCUCCUUUAUGGGUUGCAUGAAUAUCGUGAUAUAUCUGCUGCAGCAUGAGGCCAACCCUGACGUGCCAACUGUUAGAGGAGAGACUCCCUUGCACUUAGCUGCUAGAGCUAAUCAGACGGACAUCAUAAGAAUUUUGCUUCGUAACGGCGCAGCGGUUGAAGCAAAAGCCAGGGAACGACAGACACCGCUGCACAUUGCUUCUAGACUCGGAAAUGUUGAUAUUGCUGUAUUAUUGCUGCAACAUGGCGCUGACGUCCGUGCGAUGACUGCUGAUCAUUAUAACGCGCUACACAUUGCUGCUAAACAGCAUAAUCAUGACGUUGCAGCUGCUCUUAUCGAGCACAAUGCUCCCUUGACUGCAACUACUAAAAAAGGGUUUACGGCACUUCAUCUCGCUGCUAAAUACGGAAAUCUUAAGGUGGCGAACUUGCUCCUUGCUCACGGAGCAUCACCAGACCAAGCCGGUAAAAAUGGCAUGACUCCACUUCACAUCGCUGCUCAGUACGAUCAGCAAGCAGUCGCCAAUACAUUACUCGAAAAAGGAGCUGACGCUAAGGCAAUCGCGAAAAAUGGACAUACUCCAUUACAUAUAGCAGCUCGGAAGAACCAGAUGGAAACAGCAGCUACCUUAUUGGAAUAUGGGGCGCUGACUAACGCUGAGUCGAAGGCUGGUUUCACGCCUUUGCAUUUGGCAGCUCAACAGGGUCAUACAGAAAUGUGCUCCCUGCUUUUGGAACAUGGAGCAGAAGUAGACCAACAAGCUAAGAAUGGUCUCGCAGCUCUACACCUCGCCGCUCAGGAGGAUCGCGUUCCAGUAGCUCAGCUCUUGGUGAAGAAUGGUGCUGAGGUGGAUAUUUGCACUAAGGGCGGUUACACACCACUCCACAUCGCGAGUCACUAUGGUCAGGCCAACAUGGUGAGGUACUUGCUGGAAAACGGUGCGUCUGUGAAGGCACAGACAACUCACGGAUAUACUGCAUUGCACCACGCAGCUCAACAAGGACAUAUCAACAUUGUCAAUAUUCUUCUGGAACACAAAGCAGAUGCUAAUGCCACAACUAUUAAUGGCCAAACACCCCUGGAUAUAGCCUCAAAACUGGGCUACGUUACGGUAAUGGAGACCCUCAAGGAGGUAUCAGAACCCUCACUCGCUCCGGCUUCGCAAGACAAAUAUAAAGUCGUGGCCCCUGAAACUAUGUUGGAAACCUUUAUGUCGGAUUCGGAAGAAGAAGGAGGUGAAGAUGCUAUCCUCAAUGAUCAGCCAUACCGAUACCUGACAGCAGAUGAUAUGAAGUCUUUAGGAGACGAUUCCCUUCCCAUUGAUGUGACGAAGGACGAAAGAACUGAAUCAGCAAUGAGCCACAAAAAUAUUAUGGAGAUUUCCCAAGGAUCAGUGAACGGCAUACCAUAUCAACCUCAACAAGAAGUGGUCGUCAAAAGCAUCAGCCGUUACAGCACCACUCAAGCCCCUGAGGGUUAUUGCUACAAUGUUGACCCAACCCAGCCCAAGAAAAAACUUCAAUGGAAAAAUUUCCUGGUGUCGUUCCUGGUGGACGCGCGGGGCGGCGCGCUGCGCGGGUGUCGCGGCGGCGGCGUGCGCGUCAUCGUCCCGCCGCUGUCUGCUCAGCAGCCUACGAGGAUUACUUGCAGAUACUUGAAACCGUCUCGAAUUAAUCACAUGCCCCCACUUAUGGAAGGUGAGGCUCUCGCUUCCCGUGUGCUGGAGAUGGGUCCCGUGUCGGCAAAAUUCUUGGGACCGGUUAUCCUAGAAGUACCUCAUUACGCGUCUCUAAGGGGCAAAGAACGCGAGAUUGUUAUCCUCCGGUCUGAUAAUGGCACCAGCUGGAGAGAGCAUAACGCUGAUGCAACUGAUGAUGUCGUCCAGGAUAUUUUACACGAGACCCUGGAGAUUGAAGAAACAAAUGACGAAGAAAAAGGCUGGGACGCACCUCGCGUCACGCGCAUCCUCACACACGACUUUCCACAAUACUUCGCGGUGAUAUCCCGCAUCCGGCAAGAAGUGCAUGCCAUAGGACCUGAAGGUGGCAUGGUCUCUAGCUCCGUCGUUCCUCAAGUCCAGGCCGUAUUUCCUCAAGGAGCCCUCACUAAGAAGAUCAAAGUGGGCCUCCAGGCACAGAUAAUUGAUUCGGAACUGACUGCGAAGCUACUAGGCCGUGGUGUCGCGGUAUCACCAGUAGUCACGGUUGAACCUAGACGAAGAAAAUUCCAUAAAGCCAUAACCCUCAGCAUGCCAGCUCCUCGUCCCCACACCCAGGGGAUGACGAACCAGUACAGCACAUCAUCAGCCCCAACCCUUAGACUCCUUUGUUCCAUAUCAGGAGGAACUAAUCGAGCUCACUGGGAAGACGUUACGGAAAAUACUCCGUUGACUUUUGUCAACGAUUGUGUUUCGUUCACUACAACUGUUUCGGCUCGCUACUGGCUCAUCGAUUGUCGACAUGUGGAGGACGCAACAAAAAUGGCUACAGAAUUAUACAGGGAAGCUAUCCAUGUGCCAUUUAUGGCACGUAUUGUGGUUUACGCAAAGCGUACUGAUGAGUGUCAAGCUCAAUUACGUAUGUUCUGUGUGACUGAUGACAAAGAAGAUAAGGCCUUGGAAAGGAUCGAACGGUUCAUACAAGUAGCUAAGAGUCGUGAUGUCGAGGUCCAUGAGGGAAAACCUGUUUAUCUAGAGUUUGGUGGAAAUCUAGUACCAGUGGCCAAAUCUGGCGAACAGUUAUCGAUACCUUUCCGAGCUUUCCGCGAGAACAGAGUUGCUUUCCCAGUGAUGAUAAAAACUCAAGACUUAGAGCCGAUGUGCCGAUGCCAAUUCAUGAGAGAUCCUAAAGUUCCCAAGGGUGAACCUUCACCCACACCGAUUGCCGUACUAAAUAUAAUGGUACCAGACGAUUUAUUGGUAGAAAGAACAUCUCCAAUACCAGCGGAUAUGGUGCCGCGACGAACCGAAGAACAGGAAUUAAUUUGGCGACAACGGCUUAGUGAUCCAAGAUUGGAAGAUAUUUGUAUUUUACUCGGUAAAGAUUGGGUGGCUUUGGCUUAUGAAUUAGGAGUGAGUGUCGCAACUGUAAACCAGAUACAAGCGAAGCGAAUAACUGCAGCUGAGCAAGCUCAGUUGAUGUUAAAACUUUGGAAGACUCAAUCUGGAACUAAGGCACAAGAUAAUUCAUUGGAACUUGCACUAUGUCGUAUCGGAAGGGACGAUAUUAUUGCUCCACAAUCGGAAAUGACAAAUGAAAGGCGUAUUCAAAGAAAUAUAUACCAAGAGAGACAAGAAUCAGAGGAGAUCGAAGCGUACAAAGCUGAAGAGGACAAUAAGCUCAAAGAGAAUAUUUAUGAUGAUAAUGAAUUUGAAGAACGUACGCGUACAGAAGACCUAGACCAAGACGAAGCCAAAUAUUCUCCAGAAGAAAAAUCAGUGUUAGAAAAAAGCGAAAUGGAUAGAACUCCUACACCGAGUGAAGAAAGUGAAGAAGAUGAGGACGUAAAACGCAGCGUAGCUGAAAGGAAGGAGCAAAUUACUAAGAAACUCAGUUGCAGUAAAAUUCCUUCAUCGAAACAGAAAAAAGAGUUACGUGAAGAGAUAAUAGAGAUAAAGACUCAAAUAAAGCCUGACAUAAAGAAAUUUCAAGAUAUUGAACAACAGGUUAAAGCAGAGUCAAAAAUAGAACAAAUUCGCUUAAAAACUUCACCAGAUGCCGUUGACGUUGAAGAUGCUAAAGAUAUACGAAGGGAGCAACAGGUUACUGAAAGAAAAGAAGAAAUAAAACAAGAAAGACCAAUAGAACAAUUUAGAAAAUUCGAUCCAUCUUCCCCUGGUAAACCAACACCAAAGCACCUACAACGACACAUGCGAAACGAAUCGAUGAGAUUUCCAUCUGGUGAUUUCUCUAAUGUCACAAUUACUCCUAAGAAGUCAACAACAGUAGAAACCCAUCAAACGACAACUAUAAAACAAACUACUGAAAUUAAAACAGACACAUUCACUAAGGAACCUAUCUCACAAAAAGAAAUUGAUAGUGCAAGAGUUGAAGAAAAAUUAGACGAUGGUGAUAAGUCACCCGAAUUAGUAACCGAUGAAGAAAAGGAUAUUGCCGAAGCAACUCUUAAAGACAAAAUAAAUGCAUUUGAAACCAAAAUAUCGAAAGAACCUAUCGAAACACCUAAACAAGUCAAACUCACAAAAGAAGCUUUGAAAAGGCAUACACAAGAACAGGACCAGGGGUUGGAAUAUACACAAGCAUUUGUGCGAGAUCAGUCUAAGCAAAUUACGAGUGAGAGUCAACAAGUUUUGAUUGAGACUGAGAAGCAAAUUCAAACUGUCAAGUCAGUAAAAGAGACGAUACAACACUUCGAUUCAAAAAUUAAACACGAUGAAAAGCCGAAACAGUUCCCAAAAACGAUGAGAACUGACUCAACUUUGGUACAGGUUUCAUCUGAAGAGGAUAGUGAGUUUUUGAAAAAAUCAACAGAUUCAGAAACUGAAACAGAAUCACAGACGACAAUAAAAAUUGAGAAAGACAAAAAACACAAAUUUGAAAUGACCAAACAUUCUUUUGAAAGAAAAAUUGAUGUUACAGAUACAUUUAACUUAAAACUAAAAGAAGACGAUGAAGAAAAAAAGGUUGAAGACGAAAUUGUUAAGCAAGAUAAUUUAGUAGUUAGUACUGUAGAGCAUAAAAUUGAAAGACAAGCUGAUGAAGUAAAAAUAAAAGUAAGUGAGGAAGAAACUACAGAAACAUUAGAAGAAAAAGAUGUUCCUGAUGAUAAAUUGAAAGAUAUGGUUGAAACUCAACAGUCAAUAGCUAGCACAAAAUCUGACAUUAGCAAACAUACUAAAACUGAUUCAAUAGGUUCAGAUGUACAAGAUGCUCUUGGCAGGAAAAUUUCCCAAGAAUCCCCGUUGCCUUCUGGUAUUGAUAAAACCGAUUCAUUAGCUGACUUACAACAAAGCACAGAAAGGGAUGUAAGCUUUGUAUCUCAAACUGAAUCUAAGAUAUAUUCAAAAGAUUCUAAGCAUAGAAGCGAUUCAUUAGAUGAAGCGUCCCAAUUCUCCGACUUAGAAGAUCAAAUUGGAUUCAGUCCUGCACAUAGGCCAGUUUUGGAUAAGCCUGUCGAUGAAGUAAAAAUCUCUGAAACGGAUGAAAAAAUUAUAACUGUAACUGACACAAGUCGGUUUGACACUCUUCAAUUUUUAAAAUUUGAAAGCGAACAUAGUGCCCAGGCGCUUUUAACUCUUCAUACAGCAAAAGAAUCUGAAAAGACAUCCGCUAAGGAAUCUCCAGUUAUAAGCGCUAAAGCUCGUCAAUUUAUAGAAACUGUCCCUGAGGAUGAUUCGGUGCAAGAGUGUUUCUUUUCAAAGCGUAUUUAUUCAGAUUCAUUAGAGGAUUCUGACCACACGGACUCUAGGCGUCAUUCAGAAGCAGACUCGUUGAAAUCAGACCAAUCUGAUAUGAAAGCUAAAAUAUCAUCUUCUGAUUUUGACGAGAGGGCAGAAUAUGAGGGAACUGCUGAUUCCGGCAGCGGCUUUGGUGAUGAAAAGUUUGAAGAAAGCAUUGGUUUUACUUCAAUCAAGAUAGAUUCACAGAUUUUAGAAUCACAAAAGCAAGACACUGAUUCGACAUCAACACAAGCUGAUGAACCAGAAGUAGUAUUCAAAAAAGUUAUACCAAAACGGCAUUCCCGAACUGAGUCUAUUUCAAUCACGAAAAUAAGUGAUUUACCAGAUAUUAAAAUUCCAUCAACUAAGCAAGAAUUCCAAAUGAUUGUUACUGAAGCUGAAGAAAUAGAUAAGUCAUUUGAAAAAGAUGAACAAUCAGACAAAAUUUCUUCUGAAAGUAGUAGAGAAAUCGAAAUAUCUGAUCGAAAAUCAUCUGAAGGUAUUUCGGAUAGGAUAAGUUCUGAAGAUGCAGUCACAGAUAAGAAGACUUCCUCCGAAGAAGAUCAAAUUAAAGAAGAUUUAGGAUUAGAAAAGGAAAAAAUCAAAGAUAUAACCAAAACGUUAACAGAAAUUACUAAAGAAUUGGACCGAGACAUACCAACGAAAGGAGAUUCGUUAUAUAAAGUUGAGGCAGAUAAACGCCAAUCGGUAACAUCAGUGGGUUCUGUUAGCGAGUUGCGACUAGAUGAAAAACGCCUUUCCGAUGCCCAUAGUCUUACUGAAUCCAGAGAUUAUACUUUUGAAGAAUCUGAAGAUGAUAUUGGAACACAAGGUACUCACGUAGAUAUAAAAAAAGAAAAGUUACAAGACAAACAAGAAAUUGAGGGUAAAGCAAAAUCGCCAGAUAAAGUAAGUGAACCUUCAAAACUAGCAAAGUUAACUCAUGGAGAUUCAUUGGAUGAUGUGGAAGGUUUUCCGGAAGACCAUGUUGCUGAUUAUGUCCAUAAACUACCACAUAUCGCCGAAAUCAGUUCCUUGCCGGACAAACAUGUAACCAGUAAUUUCUUGGAAAGGGAGCGCGAAGAACAAAUAAAACGAGAGUCUGCGUCCAAAGUAGUUUCCACUGAAUCUGAAAAAAUUACAGAUGAUUCAUUUAAAACGAGUAUUUCAAAAAUAGAAAAACGAAAAAUGGAUGAUAUACAACAAGAAGAAAUAAUAACGAGUACUGUAAAUUUGAUUAAAUCAUCUCAACCGACAACUACAGAGACCACAGAGACUCACAACAAAGAUAAUGUCACCUUAUUAGGUAAAUCAGGUGAAGAAGAAACAAUAUCAUCCACCACAGAAUAUAAGACAGGCGAUUCCGGUGAGAGCAUAACAAUUACAACUGUGAAUGAGAAUAUUUAUGGGCAAACAGGAGAAGAAAUUGUAAGAACAACCGUAACUGAGACUACAGAAUAUCCUUCUGGCAGAGAAACCAUUUCUACAAAAGUUUCAGAAUAUAUAAAAGAACAGGAACAUCAAAUUUUAAAAUCUUUCGAUAAUAGUAUGCGAAAACCUGAACAGUUUGAAACAAAAACAGACAUAAGUGAUAUUGAAGCAAAGUUUACAGAUGAAGGAGAAAAAGUUGUGACUACCAACACCGAAACAAAAACUGGUGAAUUAGGAGAGGAAAUAUCAACAACUACUGUUACGGAAAAAAUUAAAAAUGAAAAAGGUGAUGAAAUUACCAGAAUAACAAUAACAGAGACGAUAACGUACUCUUCGGGGGAAGUAAAAACAUCAACUAAAGUAUCACAGUCUAUUAAAUCUAAUGAUAAAGAUGAGGUUAUUUCAGAUUUAACUAAAACAGCAGAAACAAGUUUACCGGAAGAUAAGGAAACUUCUAUAAAAAUUGAGACUAAUAUCGGGCCCGAAGGAGAAGAAAUAACAAUUGAGACUGAAACUGAAACUUACAAAUUACCAACAGAUGAACAAGUUAUAAAAACGACUGUUAAAGAAACUACCAAAUAUCCUUCCGGAAAUAUAACUAUAUCAAAAAAAACAUCAGAACGUACUAUGUCAUUUAAAGAAGAAACAUAUACUACGUCCACACCUGAAGUUGGUGAGUCUGUCUUAGAAGACACAAUAAGUAAUAUGUUGCAUAAAUCUAAUGAUCUCAGUGAUGAUAAAGGUAAAACUUCGUCUACAGAAACAAAAACGGAAACAGGACCAAAAGGAGAAGAAAUUUUAACAACAACAGUUACUGACACAUCUGAAACUCCAGAAGGAGACGUAAAAGUUAGAAUUACUGUUACUGAAAUUACUAAACAUCCAUCUGGAGAAGAAACUAUUACAACUAAAGUUUCAGAAUCAAUUAAGUCUAAAGAAAGCCACAUUAGUUCUAUUGAAAAAUCUACAACUGCAAUAAUUGAUGAAAAGAUAUUUGAGAACAAAUUUUCAGAACCAGCGAUAAAAAAGGAUAAGAAAGGGACAGUGACAUUAGAUACAACACAUAAGCUUGUAAUGGAUGAAUUAUUAGCUCAUGCAGCUGAAUCUCAAUCUAAAGUAAAAAAGCAUGAUGUCACUUUCGACAAAAAUUUAACUGAAACAUCGUUGUCGUCUGACAAAGAAACAUUAGCCAAAAAAUCUGACAUCGAACAGCCUCAGAUUACCACUGUUAGUGAAUCGACCAAAAUAUCAUCUGAAAUUGAGAUAUCCAAAUCGAGGGACCUUAAUUUAAAAGAAACUCAAGAAAUAACUAAAGAACAAGUAAAACCAGUCAUCGAAGAUAUCAUACAAAAAGGCACCACGGUAGCAACUACUAGAAGUCCUGUAUUAGAAAAGGAUAUAAAAACGAUUAGCAAGGAAAUACUUGAGACAGAAAAAAGAUCCUACGAUGCUAAAGUACCCCAAAAAGAAGAACGUAGACAUUCUUGCAUUAGUCCAGCAGUUUCACUUGAAAGAAUAGCUGAAUCGGAAAUAGAAGAAGAUAGGUUAGAUGUUGAAGUCAUUACCAGUUCUCAUAAAAAUGAUACAACAAUUGAAAUGAAGAAAUCUGACUCGACAAUGAAGCAAAUGGCUGAUAAUAUAGAAAUAAUUAUUAAACAAGCUUCAGAAGACUUGGAUAUAUCUGAAGAAGUUGAUGACGAAAGAGAAGAAAAAUUAAAGCUACAAGAAGAGGUUUCAGUGGAUUCUAUUAUAGAAGAAGCUGUUCAUACGGUUGAAGGAUUUUUAGAUGAAUCAAAAGAUAUCAAACCUGAUGUUACUGAUACUAAGAAAGAAGUUAUUUUGGAAGACACAAAAGUAUCCAAGGAAAGGCCUGGUUUAAUAAAAUCACUUUCAAGAGACAGUGGGGAAAUAUUAAUCAUGCCAAAAAAAAAACACGCAAGAACUUUUUCUGUUCAAAGUUCACCCGAUGAAGUAGAGGAACAGAUAUAUACAGAUUCAGAGUCAGAUAUGGAUAAGGCUAAAGUUUUGGAAAUUAUUGAACCAUCUUCAGAAAUCGAUGGAAAGGUUCCAACUUCUAGUUUUGACAUAAAAAAAAUUCGUACUGAUUCUCUUGAUGAUGCUGAUGAUUUUCCAGAAAAAGAGGCGGAGUAUUUUGAAGAUGGUGGAAAAUAUACUGAAGAAUCUUUUGCUACUCCUGAUAUAAAACAUAAAGAUUUCCAUGAUGUAUCAGGUACAAGUUCAGGUACGCAAGAUUUAAUUGAAGAAAAAUUUAGUGAUACAUUCCCUAAAAGGACUCAUUUUGAAGACAGUAUUUUACGCUCUGAUUUAGUUUCAAAAUCAACAACUGAGUCAUCGGUAACAACUGUUAUUUCCACAUUAACUAAAUCUUCCGAUGAUGAACAAAAAUCAGUAGUUGAAGAUGGAACAUCAGCAGAUUUAUCUAAAAUUAGUGGAGCAGAUUUAAUGAAAGAUCCAUCUAAAACUUCAAUAGACACAAAAGAAGAAACUAGGAUUGAAGAUCAAAUGGAAGAUCGUGCCACUCCAGAUUUAUCAAAAAAAUCUAUUGAUUUAACGAAAGAUUAUUCAAAGUCUUCUAUAGAUAGCAAAGACACUUCUCGUGAUUUUGCCACUAACGAAUUAUCUAAAGAUUCGACUGUCGAUUUAAGUAAAGACUACUCAAAAACAUCUAUAGACAGUGUCAAGGAAAAUUCUAGAUCAAUUGAUGAAAAAACCUUUUCCGAAGAACACUCAUCAUUUGACGUUUCUAAAACAUUAGCAUCAGAUGCCUCGGAUGGUAUAACAAAAAGCAAAGAAUUUAUAGAAGAAGAAAGAUCGAUUUCAAGGAUUAUUCAUAUAUCGUCGAGUUCCUCACAGGAGACCUCAGUCAUGACAGAAAGUAAAGUAUUUAGUGAACAAGAUGAUAAGUCGUUAGACAAGACAAAAUUGUUAGAUAUAUCAGAUACUAGCGUUAAAAUUGAAGAAAAAAAAGAUAUGAAAGUAAAGAUAGACGAUUCUGAAAUUGGAAUUAAAAAAAUAACAUUUGAAGAUGAAAAACAAAAAGAAGAUACCCGUGAUGAAACAGAAAAAAGUGGAAAGGAUGAUGAAAUUGAAACCCCGGAUAUGUCCGAAUUAAAUAGACGAUGUUCCAAUUUACUAGAAGAUAUUUCAUCUCAAGGUGCCCUCAUAAGAAUCGAUUCUAGUCAUGUAACCCAUGAUCUUUCUUCGAAAUUCUCGAAAACACCACCACCCUCACCGGUGGAUUUAAUAAUGAAAGAAAGAACAAAACAUGAUGAAGGCGUAGCGGAAAAACAAUCUGUUUUACAGCCUAAAGGUUCUGAAUCAUCAUUCCUUGAUGCGAGUAGACAAUCUCCGAGAGCUUCAUCGGCUGGAGAUAGUUUAAUUAGUGAAACAGAGGCUCAUCAAAGUGAACUGCUAACUGAAGCAUCAAAAACUUUAAGUGAAGCAGCUAGACCUAAAUCACCAACUAAACAUCUAGCUGAUAACUUGUCAUUUGUGAAUGUUGACAAACCAACGAUAACCACUGGGGCUAUAGAACUUGUUGACCGAACAAUUGUAAAAAGUCUGGACGUAAUCGAUCAAAUUAAAAAAGAAAUGCAAGAAGACAUGCACAAAUCUACAUCUUCAGAUACAUUUUAUUCUGAAUCUAGAAUAGAAACUUCAACAUCAUCAUCUUCAGUACAUAAAACUGUUGAAGGUUCACAAUUAAAAUUUACAAAUAUAAACCCUGAUGCAGUUAUGUCAGAUAUGAUCGCUAAAUUUGGAACUACAAGUGAAUACAGCACAGUACUUUCACAUAAAGAGACUGAAACAAGGAAAAUAUCAGGCCAAGAGUAUUUUUCGGAAACAAAACAAGUUUCGUCAUCAGAUGACGAUUCUCUCAUUAUAAAAACGGAAACGAGUCAUGAAUUACGAGGGCAAGAGCACGCAAUUAAGGAAAAGAUGAUUGUAAAAAAAGAGGGAGAGCAAACUGAAACUUCGCAAAAAAAAAUGGAGAAGGCUCAUGAAGCAACGGCAAAACGAUCUGACGUAGAAACAAAAACUGUUUCUAAAAGCACUGAUGAUACAGAUAUUGUAAAGGUAGAAAGAGAAUUUACCGAGCAAGGGCUCUACACUGGAAGGCAAACAAAAUCAGAAGAGAGGAUGACUGCUAUAAAAGAUGAAACUGUUAAGAAAAAACAUGAAGUUAAAAUAUCAGAGAGAGAUUUAUGCCACGAACAAUGGGGAAAGGAAUAUUUUACGGAACCAGAAGAGUUAGAAGAUAUUAAAGAAGACGAUGAUGCCAAGUCAAGAAUAGCAUUUUUGGAAUCUAGUUUAAAAAUAGUAGAAAAAGAUGAAACACUUUCAAGCGUUGAAGUAUCUGAAAAAGGUCAAAUAAUAAGUUCUAAAACAGAGCACCACAAAGAAGAAUCUGUAAUUGAAAGUAAGGAACACGAUGAUCUUAGUUCGGAUGCUUCUCAUAUACCAAGCUUCAAAAGUGAGGCUACUGAUAGACGAGAUUCAUCUGAAACAAGCCCGAAAAGUAAAUCUAAGUCUUUCAAAAAGGACGAUGAAGUUUAUGAAGUGGAUUUUAUAAAAGAAAUAAAAAUUUCGACAUCACCAGUUAAAAGUUCAUUUAGCCGUACUGGUAGUCAAGAUACUCAUUCAGAAUCUGAAAUUGUACCGGAAUUGCCACAUGAUGACAAAAUUGGUGACACCCCUAAGAAAGAGAAAAUCAUGAAGUCACCCAUAAAAUUAUCUCAUCAAACGGAAGAUUUAAUAUUAGAAGUUUCAGUUUGCAAGGAAGGUGUCAGUAUAGUUGACGAUUUAUCACAAGCAAAACUUUCUGACUCAUCUAUAAUAUCUUCAAGUAUGCCAAAGGAAAGUACUGGGCUACAAUUAGAAUCUAAAGACCUAGAUAUAAAACUAGAAAAAAGUACUAAAUUACCAAAAGAAAGUGAUAUUUCGCCUAUUACUAUGGAAACUUCGGAUGAUAUGAGUACAGCGUCCAAAGAAGCUAUGAUAAAAUCAGGUGAAAGUAUUGACACUGAAUGUAUGAUUAAAUCUUUAGAGUCCCAUGAGGGUGAAGUUUUACAAAAGUCAAUGGAUUCAACUGUCAGUGCCGAAACAUUACAUGCAUCGGAAUUUUCUACCGAAGCAGACUCAGCUUUUCAUACAGGAACGGAAGCCAAAAGAGAAGAAAAAAAGCUAGUUAAAGAAAAAAGUACCGAAGAUAUAUGUAGUAGUGGUUAUGAUACUGAUUUCUCCUCUGCCGAGUUUCAUGGAAUGAAACUUGAGUCUGAAAGGGUAGCCUUGGAUUCAUUAAUAUCUGCUCAGCCUCUUGCUGACUUAUCAGUUUUAGAGAAAACUAUAGAUGAAGUUAAGCAGUCUCUAGAAGCAGCACAAGGUGAAAUAAUUAGUGAAAAAAGUGAUGGUAGUAUUAAAUACAAGCAAUCACCGUCUGAAUUCCAAUUUAAAAUAUUAAUUAGUCCAGAUAGACCCGAAGUCAUUAAAGAAGAACCUCAACAUGCUGACGAUCAAACUGAUAAGACUAACUUACCAACUUACGAAGAAAAAUUUAUAGAUAGCCAAAAAUCUGACAGCGUUUCACAAAAGAUAAGUUCGCAAGAAGAAGAAACGUUUUCCGAUGAUGACAAAGAAACAGUUCAUCAUAAAGAGUACAGUCCACCCCUUGAAGGAGACAUUUCAAUUAGAUCAGAUAGUGGCCCUCAUUCAAUAUUAGAAACAGAAAGUGACUUAGUUUUGUCGGACAGAAAUGGUUCAUCUAAAGGAAGUCCCGAAGUUAAACUUCGGACCCAAAAGCAUAUGAAGACACAAUUAGGUGUUGUCGAAAGACGAUCUGCAUCAGAAAUUGAAGGUUGGUCUAGUUCUGGGGAGAGUCACUACCAUAGUUUUGAACACUCUGAAAGUAGACCUUUGUCAUCUGAUGUUGAUGUGAUGAUGACGGCUCAAAGUGGUACGGACUAUGAAACAGCACUUACAAGUCAUGAUGUUUCAUCGCAAUCAUUGAGGACAUCUAAGGAUUAUUACACAGCUGGUAGUUCACUUGCUUCCAGAGACAGUAUGAAAAGCCUUGACUCAGAUGGCUCCAGUCAUGUUGCAAGCAUAGACAUAUCAGAUGCAUCUGAAACACUUGUGCCUUCAGCUAAUGAAUUAAAAGAAGAAUUGAUGGAAAGUAGUACAUAUGUUGAACAAUUCUUACAUGAGCCUGAGAAAGAACAAGUAUCCAAAAGUAAAACAACUAGUGACGAUGAUAUUUCUGGCGACGAUGACGAAUAUAAAACUGAUAAGGUUGAACUUUUAGGAAAAAUGAAAAGGUCUCAUGAAAUGCGAUUCCAGCCAAAAGAUAUGAUACCUGAACAUUUUCCACUUGAAGGCACUUCAGAAAGUAUUGAAUUUGACGAUAAUUCUUUAAAAGAUAAAGAAGUAUCAGAUACAACUAUAUCUAGCCAACUAAGAACCGACGAGAUUUUAUCUUCGUCAAUUUCAAAACUUGAUAUGUCUUCAUCUCAGUCUCAACUAGAUUUAGAUAAGGAAGAUAUUCAAGAAAUUGUAACUAAAGUAUCUGUACAUAGUGAACAGGCUAUUCCAUUUUCCGUAACAAAAAUAGAAAAGAAACGAGAAUUCGUUGACGUUGAAAGUGAAAUCAUUCCUAUAGGCUCGGCAGAGUAUGAAGAAAUUGAAAAAUUUGGUCACAUAACCACAAAGACAGACAAUUUACCGCAUGAUGAUAUCCCUUUAAGAAGAACUGUUGUUACAAAGGAAGAAUCUUUGCCAUCGAGUUCAGUUUCAGUACCUCCAAAGGAAGUAAUAGAAGAAUGUGUAAAAAAAGUCGUUGAGGAAAUUAGCACUGUACCAUUCCCUGUUACCGAAAAACCUCCCAGUCAAAGAGAAUUUGUAGAUGUUGAAGAUGAUAUAAUUCCGAAGGGUACGAAACAGUAUGAAGAAAUACUGAAAUCAAAAAGCGAUUCAUCAGUUCCUAAAACGAAAGUAGAGAAAUCUGGCCUAAGAACACCCGAAGAUCAUUUGGAAAGUAAGCAGAGUUCCACCUCGAGCUUAAAAACUCAUGAGCAUCUUUCAACGCCACAAACACCUUUGUCAGCACCCAGCCAAAGUUCUCUAUCUACAGAUAAUGGGCGAGAGUACGUUCUCGAUGAUAUGUAUGACAUUUCAGAAACUCCAGAAUUAAAAUCAGAACUUGUGACUGAGACCAGUCGAUCAGAAUUAGUAAUUACUACAGAAGAAAAGACCUUACAUACUUUUGAGAAAGAACAAGAGUCGCCAACUAGCGAUGAAUUUGAAAUGGUUGAUAAGCCUUGUGAAAUGGAUGAUUUUGUAGUUAUUGAAGAAGUUGCAAAAGAAGCACAAGAAACUGAUCCAGAAGGUAAAAGUUUGCAAAUUAAAGCCCAAAAAUAUGUAAAACGGCAUGACACAGAAGUCGAGGAAUAUUUAUCGAAAACAACUAAAAAACAAGAAAGUACUAGUAGUGCUUCGGGGUCUGGAUCAUUAUCAGAUGAAGAAAUUCUUCAAUAUGAACAAGAGCAAAAACGAUUACAAGCCCAAGAACUUGCUGAAAUUGAGGCGGGUAAGCGGUGGAUACAAAUGCAAUUCGAAGGUGAUCCGAGGUAUGAUUAUGAAAGAAUUCCGUUAGAAGAUAUUAAAGAGGAAGAAAUGACUGAUUUUGAUGUUAGCCGAAUUGGAAGCUUGAGUUCGCAAAAAGAAACAAUUGGAAGUUACGGUAGUUUUAGAAAUUCGUACGGAAGCCUUUCAGAAUCAGAAAUGACCUCGCGUAUGAGGUUCAGAUUAAAGGGUGAUAAUGAUGAUAUUUCAAUUAGUUCAUUACAAGAAUUUGAAAACCUUGAAAGAGCUUUAAUGGAACAAUAUCAACAACAUUCGUCAUCUUCUCAAGAUUCCCUAAAUGGAUCGCUACCCCGUCGAUAUAUCUUAAGUAAAAGUCAAGGGGAUGACAUAUCUGUGUCAAGCCUUAAGGAAUUCGAAGGGCUUGAAACAGCUUGCCUAGAAGCUUUAAAGGCUGAAUUAUUAGCAAAACAAAAGGAAGCUUUACUUUUAGCGGAUCCCAAAGUUGUUAGUAGUAGUUUCCUAGAACAAGAAAAGCGUUCUUACGAUAGUAGUUCUGAAAGUAGUCCUCCAUUUAAGAGUGGAAGUCCUGGGCACAAAGGUGGUAGUCCGUCUCAAAAAAGUAGUAGCCCCUCACAAAAAAGUGGCAGUCCAUCUCAAAAGGUUGGAAGUUACGGUAGCCCAUCACAAAAACUUUUAGCUGAUUCAAUGGCUAUCAGAAAAAUAAUCGAUCAGCAACUGGCCUUAGAACAAAAAAUGCAAGAGUACCGACCGAAAAUCGUGACCGUAAAAAAAUUUGAUGAAAGAGGUGCCUUUUUUGUACCAGAACCGGAACCAGGAACAUCAGAAGCUAAAUCAACAGAAGUAGUAGAAGAAUGUAAAAAAUCAUCCUCUUUCGUUUGUGCUGCAGCUCCAAGCGAUGGCUCAGCGGAGUCAAUUCCAGGAGAUUGUGAAGAAAUGAUGAAAAUUUUAGACUUAGAAGAAAAAUCCAAGAAAGAAGAACAACAACAAUCAUUUACCAAAACAGAAGGUGGUGUUAUAGAAAUUGUUCGCACUACUACUGUAAUUCAACAAAAGUUUGUAGAUGGAAAAAAGGUUUCCGAAACUAUCACAAGCCUCGAUAAUGAAGGAGGCGUGGAUAUACCAGCUAGAUCUAAGCCUUAUGAUGAUAGUGGUAUGUCAAUGAGUUCUGAGAUGUCUUCUUCGUUAGCUUCACAACCUUCUGAAAUGGAUAGUUUAAUGACAAUUAUUGAAAGACAUCCAUCUGACAGCGAAGUAGUAACCUUUUCUAAGCAUACCAUAAUUACUUCUUCUGAGAGGUUUGAAGAUAAACCAGAAGACUUGGAUUUCUCAAGAGAAGGCAGUGCCGUACGUGAGCUAUCGCCCUCCUCUGGGAGGUCGGUGGCUCAUAGUAUUAUCUCCGGAAAACAUUUCACAGAUCCAGCUAGCGGUUCUUGGAGUGGUCAAGACGAAGAAUUAAGCUCAUCGGGAAGUUUCAGUCGCGCACGAGCUGAUCUGAUGUUAGGCAGCACAGAUAGUUUAGAAGCAACGAGUUCGAACGCAACUAGAGCAACAUAUAACUAUGAAGUAGACACGCCAAUGACUGGCAGCCUUACUUCUGGAGCGCGCCCUCCAGGGUCGAACACAAUGGUGUCCUCACUUGACACUCUGGAUCCUGUGACGGCUGUACAGAUGGAAAGCCUAGAGCAUCAGUCUACUAGUGAACAAUAUUCACAGGAUUAUGAAGUUCAUGAACCAGAUUCUGAUACAGAACGAUUAGAAUUGGACUGUCGUGUCCCUCGGGCAAAGGAACGUACAAUAAUGUUUGACAGUACAGACACACUUAGCGCAGUUAGUGGUGAUGGUUCUGUUAAAGAGGCUACUGUUGAAGCACCAGCUGCUACUUUUUAUAUUGGAGAUACUCCUAUCGUUAGAGGAGACAAACGAGAGGAAGAAGAGAGUCAACCCACUACACUAUCUGGUAGUUGUCCAGCGUCUCUUCCACCUGCAACUCAAGCCUCACCUCCGGUUCCAGCACAGCGAAGAUCCCUUUCAAUGAUCCCAAGACCAACUCACUCCAGCUUAGACGAGUCGAAGAAGUAGAGUUUUCAUGAGAUUCUAUAAUUUAAUAUAUUUAUUUUUAUUAUAUCACAACUAUUUCAACUUUGCCAGCUUAGGCUUAGCAAAUGCACUGUUAAGAUCAGUUCUUAAAAUUUUACUAUACUUUUGUGUGAAAACAAAUGAAAAACGAUAUUAAUGAAACUCAUCUCAGGCUGAAAUGUGUCUCGAUUCGAAAUGUCUGAAUCAUAUACCUUGAAAUGAAUUCCUUAUCCAGUAUUCGACGAGAACGUGCAGAGCACUUCAUUAUCCAGGAAUUUGAUCUUAAUUAGUAAUAUGGAACAUAUAUAAUGAAGAAUUUUGGAUGUAUUUUGGUACUAACUUUUGUAUUGUACCGUCGUUCAGCGACAUCGGUCCAUGUUACUUGACCUAUAGACCUCUAUUGAUAACGCUUAGCUUAUUAGUCUUGGAAAUCGCUUUCUCGAUGAUGUUAACAUUGUAGAAAAUAUCAAAUAUUUUAUAAGAUAUAGGUUUAGGUAGAAUCGUUUCUGAAUGAUUUUGAUAAUGAAAUUAUAGAAGCAGGAUCGGGUGACGGAACAAAAACUGUCCUUAAUAAAUAUUAUGCUUUUAGUAACACAGGACAUUAUAAAUUGGUUUUCUGAAGAAUUCAUGCACAAUUUUCUGAAGUAAUUAGAUAGAUAGAAAUACAAAAUAUAAGAUAUAUAUCAUUUACGGUCACAGCGUUUGAGUCUAGUCGAAUUGCUUUAAUUCGUUUAUUUUUUAUUAUGUUGUCUAGCAUUUGACUUAAAAGUACUUUAAACGUACUUUUCAUAGGAUUAAGAACAUUAUUUUUUCUUAAAUAAACAUUUAUAAGUAUAUCAAUGUUAUGACGUUGAUCGUAAUAUAUUAUUAUUAGUAAAAUACAGCGCUUGCUCACUUCCAAUAUUUUAAUGUAUUUUAAUGAAUGUGUAGAUUUUUGAAUACUUGUAAAAGUAAGGAUUUGGAUUUAUCGGAAUUUGUUAUAAAUUCAUAAGGGUGAGACUGAAGAGGACGUAAGAAUAUUAAGUGCUUAUUACAAGCUUAAGAGGGGCACGUAUUUCAGAGCUAUUGUUUUCGUAUCAGCGUUAUGAUUCUUAAUUAUUGAAUCAAUGCUGUUAGAUAAUAGUUGUUUUUAUUUAAGAA